AUGUUUUCCUUAUGCCGACGAUACAAAGAUGAAAUCGAUCACAAUGCUAUACAAGUCAAGGGUGGUUACAUGCUGCGAUAUAAACGUAAAUACCUCUGGAACUCCUGGUCUGAAGAAUGGGUGGUAUUGUACGAUGACUCCACCAUGGCUUGGUUUAAGGAUGCGUCUGGCAAAUGCCUCGCUACACAAAAGCAUCUCGUGAAGGAGAGCCCUGAGAUGCUGGCUAUUGCAACCUGGACGGGACAGGUGCCGCGGCGACCGCCCUUACCACCUGGAGCCAAGCUGUCGCAGCUCAUGGCCCUCGGGUCCCGUCGGAACCCUGGACAUGUAGUGUGGAUGCUUGCCAAGUCUGAUACUGAAAUGAAGUAA